AUGAUGAACACAAUGAGACCAGCUUCGAGACUGGUAACUCCCCGUGUGCUACCGCGACGAGCAAUCCAGAUACCCAAAAGACCUUUCUCAAGUGGAUCAGCGACUGGAGAAGCUAGAUCGAGAGCUAGAUUCCUUCAAAUAGGUAGUGCAGUCGCAGCAUCCAUGGCUAUAGGAUAUGCACUCACCAGCCCCAUAAGACUAGAAGAAGCUGCGGAUGAUCCAGCACCAUCUAGAGAUGCAGCCGUAGGAAGAGCUCUGAUACCUUUCAGCGAAGUGAACAAGCACAAUACACCUGAAGAUUGUUGGGUAGUAAUUGAUGGAAAGGUAUAUGAUCUUACUGAAUUCGCUCAAAUACAUCCUGGCGGAGCAGGACACAUCCACCGAGUAGCCGGACGAGAUGCCAGUGCGAUUUUCAAUCCCAUCCAUCCACCCGGGACAAUCGAGAACGGUUUAGACGAAGAGGCUUUCAUGGGAUUGGUAGAUCCAAUGACUUUACCUCAGACGGUAAACAAGGUGGCUAGUGGUGAGAAGGAGGAGAGGAAGAUUGAAUUGGCCGAGAUAAUCGGUUUACCAGAUUUCGAUGAAGCUGCUAGAAGGAUAUUGACGGGGAAAGCUUGGGCUUAUAUGUCUAGUGGAGCUACGGAUCAGUAUACCCUCGAUUUGAAUAGAAGAGCAUUCAACUCAAUACUUUUCAGGCCUCGAAUCAUGAUAGAUGUGGAUAUUGCCGAUACUAGAACUACGAUGUUAGGUCAAGAGACCUCUUUACCUAUAUUCAUCUCACCUGCUGGUAUGGCCAAACUCGCCCACCCGGAAGGAGAAUGUCUCUUAGCUAAAGGUGCAGGUCAAUGUGAUAUCAUACAAAUGAUCUCGACCAACGCCUCAGCUCCAUUACCAGAUAUAAUCAACUCCCGUACCUCCCCAACUCAACCAUUCUUCAUGCAGCUCUACGUCGACCGUAACCGGGACAAGUCCGAGGCUCUCAUACGUAAGAUCAACGACCUGGGGUUAAAAGCGAUAUUCGUGACUGUCGAUGCUGCCGCUCCAGGGAAGAGAGAAGCAGACGAACGAAGUCGAGCGGAAGUAGAAGUAGCAUCAGGUAUAUCAGGAGGAAAGAUUUCGUCGGACAACAAAGGUGGUGGAAUUGGGCGAUCGGUUGGAGGGUUCAUUGAUCCGAAAUUAAAUUGGAAUGAUAUAGCUUGGUUGAGGAAACAUACAAAGUUGCCCAUAGGAUUGAAGGGUGUACAGACAGUGGAAGAUGCUAUGAAAGCUGCUGAGCUGGGAGUGGAUGCGAUCUAUUUGUCCAAUCAUGGUGGCCGAGCUCUUGAUGGAUCCCCUCCUGCCAUGUACACUUUAUUAGAAAUCAACAAGAUCUGCCCGGAGCUUUUGAAGAAGUGUGAAGUAUACCUUGACGGAGGGUGCAGAAGAGGAACAGACGUAGUCAAAGCAUUAUGUCUUGGUGCUAAGGGAGUGGGAAUGGGUCGACCUUUCCUGUAUUCUCUGACAUACGGUGAAGAAGGUGUCGUACAUGCUAUCGAGAUCAUGCGAGACGAAAUUCAAACUACUUUACGUCUAUUGGGUGUAAAUCGAUUGGAUCAACUUGGACCGCAUUUGCUCAACACUCGAGCUUUGGAUAAUCUCGUUUUUGAUAGACCAGUGUUUGGUCCAGGUGAGAAGCCAUUAUAA